AUGGACCGCAGCAAGACUGCUGAAUUCCGCGCUGACACUGGCAACCUUCCAGGAGGCCGCCUGACAUCUGUGGCUGACUUCAGCGCCGACCUGCUGAAUGGCAUUUUUGGCAGGCUUGGGCCUGCCCCCCAGGAUCUUGUUCCUGUCUCCGCCUGCUUGCAGGACUCGCUUUCGCACAGUCUAGAAUACCUCGCAGAGAGGACGUGGGAGCAUGGCUGUCGGGGGAUAGUUAAGGACUUUCCAGCGUCGAGGAUGUACUCCAAGGUCAUGUCAGAAGGUGCAAAGCGCCUGGAGCAAAGCGGAGGGUACAAGUGCUGGCCCUGCCCUUACUGCAGUAGUGCAACGUUCCCGCUGCACCAGGGGCUCUUCUUUGAAAAUUGGGACGCGCUGAACCAGGACUGGUGUACAAGCUGCCCGGAGGGUUUCGAAUGGUUCAGCGAAGGGCACAUCAUGCUCGCCUGCAUCGGAGCUCUUGGGAAGCGGAACGGCCCCUGCAUUGCCUGCUCGGGAGAAGGCCUCACAAUCGAGCCGUGCGGACUCGUCUUCUUUCUUGCCAAGCACGGGGGUGCUGAGAUUAAGGGUGUAAAGGAGGCGCUCCGCUUCAAGGCCCUUCUGAGCACAGGCGACCUGUCGGAGAUGAAGCGGAGACUGGAAAGUCUUGCGUACAAUUGGCCUAGCGAGAUGUGGGACCGGCCUAAGGCGGGAUUCGCGGGGGUGUUGGAGUUUCUCAGCAACCGCAGAGCCUUUCAGGGCCUUAUGAGUCCAGGCAUGAAGGACCGCCUAAUGAGUUAUGUUCAGUUUGGGAGCCCAGGGCUGGACGAAUGCAUGCAGGCCGUGACAAAAGAAGCUCUAUCGGUCUUCCCAGCGCCUGCGAAUUGAACUCGUGGUUGAAGGUUCACCUCUACACGUACGGAACUUGUAGGUACAUCGAGUCUAGCUUUAGCGCUAGAGCUAUACAACGACGUUUAUUUAUCCAAUCGCAACAGAGCUGCUGAGGCAUGCGACGAGACUCUGGCACGCUUGAUGCGCAC